UAUUUUGAAGUUUUCCUUCCAGGGUUUCAAAGAUGGUCUUGUGCAAAUUUUAUGCGCAGGGUCGCUGCAGGUUUGGAGAUAAGUGUUAUUUCGAGCACACGCCGUCGAAUUAUGGGGGAUUCCCAACAACGAAUCGAUUUGAUGCAUUCGACGGCCGAGGAACCUCUGAAAGAAGUGUUUCUCAACAAUCAGUUGCAAGCAAGGGUUCUGUGGACACUGAAUCCAUAGCGAAUUUCAUCACUGCGGAAUUGCAGCAGAGUUUUUUGAAGAUACAACCCGCAUUGACGAGCUUUUCACCUGCCCCGAGAGGUCCGAAUAUCCCUGGGUUGAUCGAUAUUUCUCCGGAAGAACUCCGUUUCGCGGCUUACGCCUGCAAAGAAUCCCCGCAGUUGCAGCCUAAAUUCUUGCAAGUUAUGAAUAGUGCUCGUGACGAAGUCCGACAAUGGCUGCAACGGGCAUUGAACCGGGAUCCGGGCAUCUUUAAUGUUUUGAUUGCAGCCACGAGGGAAAUGAGAGGAGAUUUGCCGGUUACAACUGGCCACGCGGUGAACCAUCUUUUGAACGUGAUACAAGAACUGGGGCAGUAUGCAAGCAACGCACUUCCUCAACUCUCGCAAACCACCAGUUUUUCGUCAGGUUUUGGAGGCACGACCAACUUGGGCACCACGAGCUCAACCACGAGCGUAGCCUCUAUUUCCACGAUGGACUCUGAUCAAACGGCGUUAUCAUCUUUUGGUGGCGCCCGACCGCCUCCACCGUUUGGUGGUCAAGCAUCAGUGUCUCCGUUUGGGGGCCAACCUGCUGCGUCAGCUUUCGGGGGAUCGCAAAGUCAAUCGGUAUUCGGGGGUCAAUCGACUGCUUCUCCAUUCGGUGGUUCGCAAACAACUUCGUCGGGUUUUGGUGGAACCGCAGUUGGCACCCAACCUUUCGGGGGUUCCUCUGUUUUCGGAGAACCGUCCCAGUCUUCCUCCUUCGGAACGAAUCAAAGCACGACUCAACCAGCUUUCGGAGCAGCACAAACGACAAUGCUCUUUGGAAAACCCGUUUCUGCGUCGCAGUCCUUGUUUGGUCAAGCGUCUAGUUCCUCUCCAUUCGGAUCUCAGCAACCCGUGACUGGCUUUGGUGGUAACGCAGUGGCGCCGGCGCCGCAAACGUCGUCCAUCUUCGGUGGUUCUUCUGGAAUCCCGCAGCAGCAGCAGCCGUCAGUAGGGUUUUUUGGCGGACAGUCGAAUGCUUUGUUUGGGAAAGGUUUUGCGAGCAAUGCUGUGAUUGACCCGAUGAAUUACUCUAAAAUUGAGGACUUGAGUGAAGAUAUUUUGAAUGAAUUCCGUGUUGCGGAAUUCACCCUGGGAAGAGUGCCGGUGUUUUUGGCGUUCGUGGAAAAGGUGGACCACUUCAUGAAUUUUUCUCUCCUGAGGAAACCGUCGCGUCGUAGUUUGAUGCGGCAGAAGGUUGUUUCCGCAAUGCAGGAUCCGAGGACGCAA